AUGCUUCCCAGUGAAUCUGGCAAUCUGCAAGACGAUGACAAUAAAGAUGCGAAAAUCGUUGCCCAUAUCACUGACAGUGGGGUAUACUACAUGAAGUACUCAGCAAAUUCAGGAGUAAGGCUCCUCAAGGCGAAAAUAACAGAGAAGCUACGCAUUUCUCAUUUAUACGGUGCUUACUCCAUUGGGUAUUUUGAUCAGUAUCAUAAUUUGCUCUAUAUCGCUGAUGACGAUGAUUUGAAGGAGUUUCAAUGGGUGCAAAUCCAUGAGCACAAGGAAAUAGGAGAACUCUAUGUGUUCGACACAAAAAAAGAAGAAGAGCUCGUGAGUUUUCAUAAGAAAAGAGUUUAUGAGCAAAGAAGAGCCAUCUACGGUACUCCCCCCUAG